AUGAUUGAAAUAGCGCGAACAGCUGUGGUACCAAGACUGGCUGUACUGGCGCGAGUUGCUGUGACUUCACAAGUAAUUGUGGCGCUGCAUAUAGUUGUAACACCACGAAUUGUUGUGGCGCCACGAACAAUUCCGGAACCACGAAUAAGUGCCGAGCCACGAACAGUUCUGGACAGGCUUCUGGAACCCAGCGUCUCACUUCCUUUAGUACCACAUAAAUUUGUUGUUUCAUCAAACGCUUCAACGUCUCAACGCGCAAUGUGGCAUGCAUCACCGGACAAAAAGGUAACUGACGCAGAUUUUGGCCGAACAGUCCCGGUGGAAGAUUCAUCCGAGAUGUAA